AUGUCCCAACACCGCGCAAAGAAAACCACGGAGGCAAAAGAUAAAUCAGCCUUCUUUGCGGCCAGAACUUCGCAGCACAAACCCGCCGACCACCAGUGCCAAGAUGGCGCCGACACAGAUUCUGAUGCAGACCGCGCAUGCACAGCGGUUAAGCAAGUGGAUGUCCCUUUAACACAAAAUCUCCUGCAAAUCAUGCUGGAUGCAGCAGUUGCCAAAAUGCAAACCACUGUUACAGAGGCUAUUAAUGGCAUGAGAAAAGACCUUACAGACCUCCCACCUCGAGGACAAUAUGGAAAACCUCACUAUGGCACAUAA